UUACACCUGAACUCGGACACAAAACAACCACACAGGGAAAAGAAAUAAUGAUAAGCAAUACAUGUGCUAUUAGACAAAUGGAUUCACUUGUGGAGUGUGUCAGCUACCUACCUCAAUACCAGAAAGAAGAAAACUAGUAUUUUAAGGGUCACCUGCUAUGCAUCCAAUAUUCACACCAAAUUUUCAUUUAGUUGAGAAAAGGGAUGGGAAAGUGAUUAAGAACAGAGUUUGGAGCCAGACUGCCUGGGUUCCUGGGAGGAUUAGCUGAGUUAAUGCAUUUACGGGCUUUAAAAAAGCGCCUGCCACAGUAAAAGUUAUAUACACGUCAGGACUGUUGCUAAUCCUCACCACUCCCCUCUCUGAGAUUUUUCACCGUCAGCUACAUUUCAGAGUUCAGAGAUGUUAAGUCACCUGCCCGAGGUUUUUUGCCAGGAAAGCGGCAGCACGGAGACUGAAAUCCAGGCUGACUUGGAGCCCAGAACGCGUUUGCCAAUCCGAGCCUCUAAAGGGCAGGCUGUCUACACAAGAGAACAUUCCAUGGACUAACCUGGAAAUCAUCCAUGCGGCUGGCCCAGCCCCCCAGGCACAGAGGGCAGCAGGAGCCCUGGGCAGAUGCAGUUACCCUCUGUAGGGGGGAUCUGUAGGUCUGGGAUCUGGAAGCUGCAGCCAGCCUGGCUGGGGCCGGCGCUGGGCAGGAGCCGGAGCUCUGGUCUAGGCUGGAGGUGGAGGGAGGAAGUGCCCAGCAUGGUGAUGACAUCACAGCCCAGCCCUUGAAAGAUGAUCUGUUCCCACUGCCACUCCAGCUCAGCUCCGGAGGCUCCUCGGAGGACUGGGGCCCUCGGGCAGCCCCGCUGGACCAGGGAGCUACGAAGUGCCCGCGUUUGUGCUCCGGACAAGAUGAGGAAACUGAGGCCCAGAGAGGGACAGCCACCUGCUCAAAGGCACAUGCUGAGUCAGCGGUCCAGGCGCCAAAAUGUUCAACGUCACCUUGCAAGCCCUUGAACCUGCUCUCAACGGGACCCCUCCCCAGAGCAGCAGCUGCGUCCACUCCGACUGGUGGAGCUCGCUGAACACCAUCCAGCCCCCCUUCCUCUGGGUCCUCUUCAUACUGGCAGCUCUCGAGAACGCCUUCGUCCUCAGCGUCUUCUGCCUGCACAGGAGCAGCUGCACGGUGGCGGAGGUUUACCUGGGCAAUCUGGCCGCGGCCGACCUGCUCUUGGCCUGCGGGCUGCCCUUCUGGGCCAUCACCAUCGCCAACAACUUCGACUGGCUCUUUGGGGAAGUCCUCUGCCGCGUGGUGAACACCGUGCUCUACAUGAAUCUCUACAGCAGCAUCUGCUUCCUCAUGCUGGUGAGCAUUGACCGCUACCUGGCCCUGGUGAAGACCAUGUCCAUGGGCCGGAUGCGCGGGGUGCGCUGGGCCAGACUCUACAGCCUGGUGAUCUGGGGCUGCUCACUCUUCCUGAGCUUGCCCAUGCUGGUCUUCCGGACCAUGCGGGAGUACGGGGCCGAGGGCCACAACGUCACCGCCUGCAUCAUCAUCUACCCGUCCCGCAGCUGGGAGGUCUUCACCAACAGCCUCCUGAACUCCGUGGGCUUCCUGCUGCCCCUGAGCGUCAUCACCUUCUGCACCGUGCACAUCAUACGCGUGCUGCGCAACAACGAGAUGCAGAAGUUCAAGGAGAUCCAGACGGAGAGGAAAGCCACUGUGCUGGUCCUGGCCGUGCUGCUACUGUUCAUCGUCUGCUGGCUGCCCUUCCAGCUCAGCACCUUCCUGGACACGCUGCAGCGCCUCGACAUCCUCUCCAGCUGCUGGGACGAGCACGUGGUCGACGUCUUCACGCAGAUCGCGUCCUACGUGGCCUAUAGCAACAGCUGCCUCAACCCGCUGGUGUACGUGAUCGUGGGCAAGAGCUUCCGCAAGAAGUCGCGGGAGGUGUACGGGCGGCUGUGCCGGCAAGGGUGCUGCGGGGCAGAGCCCAGCCAGACGGAGACCUCCAUGGGCACACUGCGGACCUCCAUCUCAGUGGAACGCCAGAUUCACAAACUGUCGUAGUGGGUGGGAAGCAGCCAGUGAGCAGAUGUCACCAGGGCUACUAACGCGGGUGACGAUUACUGGACAGUGAUUCUCAGGAUGUGACCCAGGAGGAAUGGAAGGAAUCCCAAGUGUGACCUUGGACAGUGAGCCAGUGUCUCCAGUAAAUUCCUUCCCGGCUCCCGUUGCAGAUAACAAGGCUGUGAGGUUGGAGUGAUCUGGUACACAGCCAAGGGCUCCAGAAACACAAGAGUAUUAUUGUUCUUAUUUGCUGCCACCCCUAGACCAGUCUGCUGCUUCCCAGGAGUGGAGGGAGCCUGGGGGUAGGGACAGGAGUGACUGAGCUUCCCUCCCAUGUGGUGUCCCACCUUGCCCCAGCACGACAGCUCAGAUCUCCAGAAAUGCCACCCAGCUUUGGUGCAGCUGCUGAGUGCCCACGCAGGGCUCAGCUGAAGUUCUGCCUUGGGUUUCUUUAAUCCACUCAGCUAGGACUUUGGAGGAUGAUUUCUCAGGUUAAUGAAGGUUAAACUCUGAGAGAUCCAUGGUGUGAAUCCGGAGACCAGGAUUCUUUCAUUCCCCUCACGGAAAGACAAGUGGUCUGUGCCAAAGAAGAACCCAAUAAGCACUUAUCCAGCACUUGCUGUAUACGCAGCCUUGAGCACUGUGGGUAAGAGAAGAAAAAGAAAGUACAGUCUCGGUCUUGAAGGAACUU